UAACAAAUCAAAAAUCCUACAAGCCAUCGGAAAAACAUCGAUCGCCCGAUCGUCUUACCUCGAGUCUUUUCAACCAGUUCCAUAUCUUCCUUUCCCGGCCGUCUUCUUUACAGUGAAAAACUAGUUCUAAUCGGCUCGAAUUUUGAUGCUUUCCUCUUCCUCCUCUUCUGCGUAUCAUUCGAUACUCUCUUCCCUUCUCUCCCCGUUCCAUUUUUCUUCCUUUGGUUCUUUCAAAGAAUCCUGGUACUUCCGCUGCCUCGGCCUCGAUCCGUAAACCCCAAUCCCCCUUUCCACACAAUAUGUAGCAUAUUUUCCAGUACCUAUAAAAGUUUCCACUUCCACGUUCAGGGUAUAAGAGAAAACACCGAAAAAAGAAAGCGCGAUUUCCGAAAAAAAAACCCCAAGGAAAAUGAAGAGGAGUGUGUCUGGGAAAAUAUUGUUGGAGAAGGAGAAGAAGAGUGCCGAGAAGCAGAGUUCCAAGAAAAAUCGGUUCUUGGUAACGGUUAACGUUCUGGGUAGCACUGGACCGAUACGAUUCGUGGUGGAUGAGGGAGAAAGUGUUAAGGGGGUGGUAAGUAUAGCUCUGAAAAUGUAUGCCCGGGAAAGGAGGCUCCCGGUUCUUGGUUCUGUAGUCUCUGAUUUCCUCCUUUAUCCAGCCAAUAAUGCAGGAUCCGACGCUCUAAGUCCACCCGAGUCGAUAGGGUCGAGCGGAGCAAGGAAUUUUGUGCUGUGCAAGAUUCAGAAGCAACCACAGAUGACAGAAGCUAGGUCACAGAUAAUUGCUCGGAAGGGAAAUGGCAGUAGUUGGAAGGCAUGGCUCAAUAAGUCCUUUUCCCUCAAGGUUUUAUGUCAUUAAUAAAAGUGUGGUGUUGUUUGGAGGGUCUACCGAUUUCUUAGGGUGCCAUGUUCCUUAAUGUAUCAUAUAUAGUGGUCUUGAUUGUAUACAGUUUCUUUUUUGGGGGGGCUAAAUGUAAUAUAUGGCCUUCGAUUUGAUCUUUCUCGUAUGUAUAAAUUAGUGAGCCAAGCUUGUUUAUUGGGGGCGACUAUUCGCACCUCCGUAUUUUCUCCCUCAGCCCACUA